AUGAACUCCUUUGGGCCAAGCAGCAAGACCACCUUUAUCUCUCAAACUGCAACAUACCGCAUUAAAAGUCAUCUUCUAUACGACACAACCACUCAGAAGCUAUCUUACAUAACAGAUGAAGAAGCAACUGAGCUACGAAAAAGAAAAAUUUUGUGGCGAAUAGAGAUCCCCCCCUUUGCCCGCAAAGUGGACAUUCAGAUCGGCUUCAGCAAAGAACGUUACGCUGGCAGUGUAUGGUUACCAGGAAUGGUGGUACUGGGAAGACUGCUUGGGCGAUGGGAAAGCUUGUAUGCCAUCGAGGGUUGGGAGGAUGUCUGAGAUGUACAACAGACUUUUGGCGCAAAGAAACAUGAGAUGCAGCUUUCCAAGAACGGCCACUAGGCCAUGGAUGAAAGUGAAAGAAUGCAGCAAAUGGCAGCGCUCCAAAUAAUCUUUGCCAUAAGAGAAAACAGACAGAUUGUACCUAAGAUAUUAAAAACAUACCUUAGAUCUGUCGUUAUUGCACUCGUAUUCCCAGAUUUUGGUGUUAG